AUGCACACACAAAUAAUAAAUGCAUUUGUUGACAAACUACCGGCGACGCAUGCAAAUCACGCCGACGACACAAUCCUUAGCAAGGGCCCGGGACGGACUGGACUGCCCGGGCUUCACUGCGCCGCGGUCCCUUUCGUGCGUAGGGCCGAGCGCGGCCAAUGCACACAUUGGUUACGAUGUCGACCAAUAGCGUCGCACGCCGCGCUCUUUUGCCACUGGCUCGACGCCGAGGAUGAUAGAGCGGUGGGGAAAACGAGAGACCGAAUUCGCCUGCGCGCGUUCGACACUAACUUCUACUAUUCGUUUCACACACAAAUUAGAGUGCGAGGCCACACCGCUCAAUGUAAAGACACCAAUCGGCUGCUGGCUAUAAACAAGCGCCCGACGAAGCCUCCACAACCAAUUCAACAAAAUUCACCAGGCAAGGCAUUGCCGCUGUGGGGAUGCUGCAGAUAUUUCGUCUGGAGUGAAAUAGAGUGGUCUGCUCUAUCACUACGCUCGACAAAUUAG